AUGGAGGAGGAUAGCAAGCCUAGUAUCGAUGCUGAGAGGAGGCUUAAUCCUUCAAUGAAAGAGGUAAUCCUGAAGAAAGGUGGCAUGAUGAUGGUUAAAAAUGAUAAUAUUGAACUGAUUCCAACUCGUACGGCAUUUAACACGCUGAAAGAGAAAUUAGUUUCUGCUCCUAUUGUUGUGUCACCGGAAUGGGAUAAACCGUUUGAGCUUAUGUGUGAUGCAAGUGACUAUGCAUUGGGAGAGGUGUUGGGACAACGUGUAGAUAAGGGGACUAAGAAUUUGGUAGCGGAUCACUUAUUGAGGCUUGAGAAUGAGAAUGAGGAUAGUGGAGUUCAAAUUGAUGAUGAAUUUCUAGAUGAGCAACUCUUUGCUGUAAGUAAUGAUGAUGGGGUGCCUUGGUUUGCGGAUUAUGUGAACUUUUUGGUUGCCAAGAAAGGGGUGGAAGCAGAAACUACUCCUACAAGUGAUGGGAAUGUAGUAUUGAAUUUCCCGCACAAGCAUAUUUUUACCCGGUUUGGAACUCCCCGAGCAAUUAUAAGUGAUGAAGGGAGUCAUUUCUGCAAUCACAGUUUCACUGCAUUAUGUGCCCCAUAUGGAGCUCGCCACUGCAUUGCAUGGGCCUAUCAUCCCCAAGAAAAUGGCCAAGUGGAAGUAUCAAAUCAAGAAAUAAAGAGUAUACUUGAAAAAACUGUGAAUACGUCAAGGAAAGAAUGGUCAAAGAGGCUAGAUGACUCCUUAUGGGCAUAUAGAACUGCUUUCAAAACACCCAUAGGGAUGUCACCAUAUCUCUUGGUAUUUGGGAAGGCUUGUCCACUUCAUGUGGAGCUUGAACAUAGGGCAUAUUGGGCUGUGAAAAAGCUAAAUGUGGAUUUGUAUAAAGCUGGAGAGAACAGGCUCAUGCACCUGAAUGAGUUAGAUGAGUUCCGAAUGAGGCUUAUGAGAAUGCAAAAAUAUACAAGGUGGAUGGUCAAUGGUUAA